AUGAUACGAUCGAUUACAUCCUACCUUAAAAAUGCAACUCAUCUGUACUAAGCCUCGAGAUACUUGCCAAAAUAUUUUUUGUCUGAGAAUGUCAAAGAAAAAUAAUUAAGAGAAAAUGACAUGCUUUGGAUUGCAGCAAAUGCAGAGUAAAAAUAUAAUCAAUAAUUUUCAGUGAUAAAAGGUGUUCUAUUGUAGAAAUUUAAAAAUUCAUACAAGAAGAACCAUUACUCGAAUAAUCUCCAAUUAGAUUAAUGGAUCUGGGAAAUAAUUACUUCAGACACAUUAACCCUAGAAAGAAGAAGACAAUGUUAUAACUCUUAGAUGCAUAUAUUGAUAACUUAACAUAAGAAGAAACACACUUAUUUCAAGAUGCUUUGUCCAUCUAUUUUGAUAAUACAUAUUAAGGAAAAGAAAUGGAGAACUUAACUUGUGAAGAAAAGGAUUUACCAGAACCAUUAUUAUGGCAUAUUUAUAGCUUAAUGAUAUUUGAUAGACUAAGCAGUCAUUAUGCUAGAUAUGAAUAUCUUGAUUAAUUUAGAAUUAUCGAAUAUUUUAAUCAACGAGAUAAAGUAUCUAUAUAUUUAUAUAUAAAAUUUUAGUAAAAAAUUAAUAGAGUUAAGUAUGUGUUCACAUCACAUCCAACUUAACCUAAUUCUUUGACUUAGUUGAUUGCUAUAAGUAGAAUGCUAUAAGGGAUUGAAUAAAAUGAUUACAAGUAUCUAAAAUAUGCUGCCAAAUUAUUUAUUUAAUCAAACAAAUAAAGAGUAUUUAAUGUAAAUUAUCCAUCUUAUUAUUAUUUAGAAAGUGUCUUAUAUUGAGGAAUCAUUAAUUUAUCAUUCCUAAUAUUUACCUAAUCUUAUUAAGGCUGUAGCUUAGGCUUAUGAAUUAGGUUUGUAGAACCCAGAACUAUAUUUUGAAACUCCAGGUACUUGGUUAACAUUUGAUUUCGACAAUCAUCCAGGAAUGGUAGCCAUUUCAUUUCUAUUUAUUAGGAAAUUGGAAUCAUGACUUUUACACAUGGAUUGACAAUUGAUUUAACAAUAUAAUAAUAUAAGGAAUAUAUUGCUGAAGCUAAAUUAGAAGAAAAUGAAGAUUUUAAAAAGAUUUUAGAAUUAUAUUAAUAAGCUUUAGAUUAUAGUAAAAAUAUAAGAGAUUUAAGUGAUAAAUUUAGGGUCAAGAAAGAGAUUUCACUUGAAGAAUUUUAUUAAUAAAUGCCUAUUUUUAAUAUCAAAAAGAUAGAAGAUUAAAUUAAUCAAAUUCUAGAUCAUAUAUUGGCUAAAAAUGAUGAUUCUAAAGAAUAUUUUAUUGCAUUAAAGUUAAAGAAACUCUAUUCUAUUUUCAGAUUAACAGGAGUAUUGGGACAAAUUAGAUUGGCUGGUGAAGAUUUAACAGAUGUAUUAAUACUUAUAUAUGUUUUAAGCUUAAUUCAAUCAAACCCAUGAUUAAAAAUAUAUUCAAAGAAAUCUCACUUUUAAAUGCCAAUGGACAAGCAGCAGAUAUGAUUAUUAUUGCUAAUUUCAAAACCUAAUCAUAAUAUGAUUUAGUGAAUGAUCUAAUCAAUAAAUAUAAGGUUUAGAAUGUAGAAAUAGUACCUUUAUUGGAAACUUUUUCUUCAACAAAUAAUACUGAUUCUAAAAUAACUAUGAUCGCAAGUAGUGACACAAGAUAAAGAGAUGGAUUGAUUUUGACUGAACUUAGAAAUAUGAGAGAAUAUAAAAGGAAUCCAGAAAAAUAUAUUUAUAUGGGAUAGGGUAUUACUCCAGAAAGAGGAGGUGGACCAUAUACUUUGAUCCAUACAAAAUAUUAGGCAUUAACUAGAGCAUAAAGAAAAAGACAUAUAAGAACUAUCUAAGGACACUAUUUCACCUCUGAGUUUGCUAGUGAAGAUGUAGCCUUUACCUUUUUAUUAAAUGGAUUAUCUAAUAUUAAUUAUAGUGAUGAUUUUGAACCCUCAUAUGAAUAUAUGGAUUUUUUAUUUGAAUUAGGUAGAUUCUAAAUUAAAAUUAGAUAAUGUAAUUGGAGUUCCUUAAAGAGCCAUGUAAAAGACUAAAGAAUAUAAUGAUUUGUAUGUGAAAAAUUAAGUUGUCAGAACUAUGGUUGAGUCUUUCAAUUUUGCAGGUAGUAGAGAGAUUGCUAGACCUUUUGAAAGCAUAAAAAAUUAGAGAGCUAUUGUUCAAGCUUAUUGUAAUAGUGAUAGAUGCUCUUUUACUCAUCCGGAAUUAGCAUAUUGGGAUAGAGUUCCAGAAGAAUUAAUCAAUAAAAUAGCAACAUAUUAUUAUAAUAAUCAUCCUCAUAUGAAAUACAUGCUUUAUAUGUAUGCAUUGAUGGCUAGAAGAUGUGAUUUAGACUUUGCAAAAUAAGAAGUUGGAUUGGAUUCAACUAAUCCUUAUUUUCAAGCUAUAUAAAAGGGAAGAGCAGCUUUGAUGAAAAUAUUAGAUUAAUUAGGUUUAGGUGAUAAUAGUACACCAAUGAUAGCUAUUUGGAAACAACAUUUAGGAUGUUAAUUAUAAUCAAUGAAUAUGGAAGUCAAUUAGAAAUUUUCAACAUUUAGAACUUUGAAUUAAUUAUAAUUAUAUUAGGCAAAGAAAAUGGUCAAGUAGGGAAUAUUAGAAACUGAUAUUAUUGCAUGUUAAAGAAAAUUGAGAAUUUUGUAAUCUACAUUAGCAAACAUGACAUCUUUCGCUGGUAAGGGUUGA